AUGAUUGCUGCUGCUGCUGCUGCUGUAGUUGUUGUUGCUGCUGCUUGGCCUACCAUGGGGAUGGAGUCAGGUUUGGACUUGUGCUCUGCCUGGAAUCCUGUAUGUAUAGGCUGUGUGUAUGGUGUUAUUGGAAAGUUGAUCAUUCAUCCAGAUACGGAUCCAAGAUUGAUUCUUAUUCGCAAAAGAAGUUUGGUUGGUAAAAUAAAUGAUGUUCAUGAGGUUUACAAGAUUGACAAGGUCACUGUCCUGCCUUUGUCUACAGUGGAGCCGAUGGAGCUUGAUCUUGGGUUAUGUAAACUCCACCACUUUGGAAUGAAGAGGACACAGAGAAUUACCCAGCAGGCCGAGGGAAAACAACAGGCCCUGCAAAAGACAUGGAAAACCAUUAAAAGUGCUGCCGAAACUGUCAAACCAAAAAAGAAGGAAUUAAAAGAUAGAGACAAGUUUGUCAAGAGGAUCGUUGAUGAGGUACUGAAGAUGUACAAUGACAGCGAGUCGUUUUACUACUGUGAGACCUACGACCUUACCAACAGCGUGGAGCGUCAACAUCAGGACAAAUAUGACCGAUCUCUACCAAUGUGGAAGAGGACAGAUCCGCGAUUCUUCUGGAAUAGUUAUCUAGUCACAGAGCUUGUCAACAUGCAGGCUAGCGAAGAGGAAGUGGAGUUGGCCAGCCAUUGGAUAACUCCCAUCAUCCAAGGAUACUUUCAGCUUGAGAAAUGUACCAUGGAACUUGCUGACCUGAUGAGGUCAAGCCCUGCUGACCAAAUGGCCCUACCAGACUUUGGUAAUACUAAGAACAAGGAUCCGAUUCACUUCAAUCUCGGGAUCAUUUCUCGCAGAAGUAUCCACAGAGCGGGUACAAGAUCUAAAAAGCGAGGUUUAGAGGAGAGUGGAGCCUGUGCCAACUACGUGGAGACAGAGCAGAUUUUGGAGUUUUCCCGCCACACAGUUUCCUUUGUACAAGUAAGAGGGUCCAUACCAGCCUACUGGAGCCAGACAGGAUUCAAGUACCGACCGCCUCCCAAGCUGGAUCGGGUACUGGCUAAACUUGGUGAUGACAUUGUAUACGUACCGAUAGGGACCUGA